UCGAUAAAUAAACACGCCGAGACACCUGCCACCGGCACAUAUUCAGUAUUGUUUGCAGAUGUAAUGCUGCUCCUUAGAAACUGUCAAGGCCUAGCCAGGUUAAGCCUCCUUAGGACUCAAAGGUCACAGCUACUGCAGGGUACAGGUUCAGCCAUACCAUGGGCAGGCAGCCAAUGUGUUCCCUGUGCCAGCACCAAUGCCGGGCAGUCAGGUGGACAGUGCCACACCCAUGCUUCUGCCUGGAGGCAUAUGCUGGCAGGGCUAUUUUUGGGAGCUGGUGCCAUGCUGUCAUAUGGGCUGUACCACAGACAGCAGGCGAAGCAGGCAGCCACCACAGUCCAGCCUGUGAGGGAAGUUCCUACGUUUCCUGUCUACUCACAGGAGGAAGUGGCCAAGCACCGCACCCUGGCUGAUGGGGUGUGGGUGACCUACAAAGGUGGGGUCUAUGACAUCACUGAUUUCGUGGCCGUGCACCCAGGUGGCGACAAGAUCUUGUUGGCAGCAGGGGGCGCUCUGGAGCCUUUUUGGGCAUUGUAUGCUGUGCACAACCAGGAGCACGUGCUGGAGAUCCUGUCCGAGUACAAAGUGGGAGAGCUGAGUCCAGAGGACAGCGUGCAGCAGGAGGCCAGCUCUACAGACCCCUACUCCAGCGACCCUCCCAGGCACCCUGCACUGAGGGUCAACAGCCAGAAGCCUUUCAAUGCAGAACCACCCUCCGAGAUCCUCUCCGACAACUACAUUACGCCGAAUGCCUUCUUCUUCAAAAGGAACCACCUCCCAGUGCCCAAGGUGGACCCCGACACCUACCGGCUGGAGAUCCAGGGGCUGCCGAAGGGGCCAAUGUCGCUGUCUCUGGCGGAGCUGAAGUCGAAGUUCCCCAAGCACACGGUGACAGCCACACUGCAGUGUGCAGGUAACCGGCGGUCAGAAAUGACCCAGGUCAAGCCGGUGAAGGGACUCAACUGGGGCAUCGCCGCCAUCAGCAACGCCACGUGGGCCGGCGCCCGGCUCCGGGACGUGCUGAUACACGCCGGGUACGAGCCCGGGGUCAAAGGCAAACACGUGCAGUUCGAGGGCCUUGACAGGGACAUUACAGGCACCACCUACGGGGCGUCCAUCCCUGUGGGGAAGGCAGUGAGCGAGGAGGGCGACGUGCUGCUGGCCUACGAGAUGAACGGCGAGGAGCUGCCGGCGGACCACGGCUUUCCGGUGCGCGUGGUGGUGCCCGGCACCGUGGGCGCCCGCAACGUCAAGUGGCUGGGCAAGAUCGUGCUGAGUCAAGAGGAGAGCAGCAGCCACUGGCAGCAGAACGACUACAAGGGCUUCUCCCCGGGCACCGACUGGGACACGGUGGACUUCAAGUCCGCCCCCGCCAUCCAGGAGCUGCCGGUGCAGUCGGCCAUCACGCAGCCGGCGGAGGGGAGCGUAGUGGAGCGCGGCCAGGAGGAGGUGACCGUGAAGGGCUACGCCUGGAGCGGCGGGGGGAGGGAGGUGGUGAGGGUGGACGUGUCCCUGGACGGGGGGCGGACUUGGCACGUGGCCCAGCUGCGGAGCAGCGAGAAGGGGCAGGAGGCGGCCGCUUCGCCGCCCCCCGGACGGGCCUGGGCGUGGAAGCUGUGGGAGGUGACGGCUCCCUUGCCCCCCGCGGCACAGGAGCUGGAGAUUGUGUGCAAAGCGGUGGACAGCAGCUACAACGUGCAGCCUGACACUGUAGCACCCAUCUGGAACCUCAGGGGUGUCCUGAGCAAUGCCUGGCAUCGGGUGAGGGUGAAAGUGAGUGAGGACUAAGAACUGACUUUACUGGGUCAAUGCCAGGUGAUUGUCCCAGGGCCAACUCAUGAAUAAGUGUUGAACGUAAAUAAUCAUAUCAGAAUUUAACAUUCUUGAGAGAGAUUGCGAAGUUACAACCAGACAAACUGCCUGGUGCCCUGGAAGCUUAUUUGCACAUAAUCAAUAAGUGAGACAGGACAAUCAAAGCUUGGGAAUUUAGAAGUGGGUUUGCUGUGGUACUUUACAGAGAUGAAAGGCAUAUCUUUUGUCACCUCAUUAAUUAUGACUCUUUACAAAUAGAACUGAAAUGGAUUUUGUUUGGGAUUCAAUGAGAUCAACAUGAACUUUUCAGUUAAUGUUUUACUGUUUUCUGGGUUAGCUGUAUAUUUGUUCUAUCUCUAUAUUUUCUUUAGUGGGACAUGAUCAAAUCGGCCACAGUUGCCUUUUCAGUUGUGAGCAAAAGCAAAUAAUGCUAUUCAUCAGAGCAUGAAUACCACAGUGUAAUAUUUAUAACCGCACAACAAAUAAAUUUAACAA